AUGAAUAUGCCCGAUACGUUGGGAUCAUUGAUCGAGAACAACAACUCACUCGAUCUUGUCGACAUGAAAAUGUACACUUGGCAGAUGUUUAAUGGCCUACAAUAUCUCAGUCAGUUGCAGAUCAUGCACAGAGACGUAAAACCAGUCAACAUUCUCGUAGACCACGGGCUUGGUCUUUUGAAAAUUGGCGAUUUUGGUUCUGCGAAAGUUGUACGGCCAGGAAUGACGUCAACACCGUAUCAAGUGACACGAUUCUAUCGACCACCCGAAUUACUACUCGGAUCUGAAAGUUACAACUGGACAGUUGAUGUAUGGUCUGCCGGAUGUGUAGUAGGAGAGAUGGUGAAGGGGAAUGUGCUCUUCCCCGGUCGAGAUACGAAACACCAACUGAAGCUUAUUCGGCGAGCCUUGGGUAGCCCCACUGAUGCUGACAUGAAAUCGAUGAAGAUCGCCAGAUCAGCAGAUAGCAUCCCUGAACGGACUGCCGGCACAGGGCUUGCGGCGCUCCUUCCUGGUGCUCGACCCGAUGUUGUGUUCUUCAUUGGUAAAAUACUCGUUUACCGGCCAAGAGCAAGAUUAUGCGGAAAAGAGGUUUUACGAGACCCCUUUUUUGACUCACUAUUUCGAGAAGGUGCCAAACGGUCAAAUGGUCAGCCCAUAUCGCAAUGCAUAACGUCCUCUGACAUUGCGGAAGCUCAUUCAAUAGACGAAUCUAAAGUGAAGGCUAAGCUGACCUCCAUAAUAAUGAGGACAAAACUCGACUUCAGUUGUGACGAUGAAUCGAAAGAAAGUCGUGAAGUGAAUGCAGUACAAGGCCAAAAGGCCGCCAUCAGUAAGGAGAAAGUUGGACAAUCCAACGAAUCGGUAGAAUCUACGGAAUUAAAGAAAAAGGCAAAGAAGAAACUCAGGGGAAGGAGUACGAUGAUGGCGCCGAAGUUUGGCAAGAAAGGACAAAGUGCAGAGCAGCGGAAGAAAUCGAUAUUACGACGACUAAGAAGCACGCAAUAG